GACUGAGCCUGGAGAGAGAGUGCUGGCUGUACCAUUAGUAGCUAACUUGUCAUUUCAACAUCAGCGCAGUUGAAGUAAAAUAAUCGUAUUCCAGAUUUUUAUGGAUCCUUUAGGCACAAAUCACAAAGAUGAAAAGGACACUGCUUUCAUUACAGUAGAGGAGGAAGAUGAAGAGGAGGAAGAUGAGGAGGAAGAUGAAGAUGAGGAAGAUAAUAGCGAGACAACAGUGAUAGACGGUGAGGAGGAAUCAGAUGACAAAGCCAAGGAGACUGAACCCCAGCAGCAGAAGGAGCAGGCCUGGGCCCCCACUACCUACUCCAAGUUUGGUAAAGAGGUGUUUUGCUACGUAGGAGAGGAGAUCAGCAUCUUUGAGGCCUUGGACUCUUACGGUGCUGUCAUCUGGCCAGCGGCGUUGGCUCUGUGUCACUACCUAGAGACCAACGUUGAGCAGUUGAACCUGGUGGACAAGGCAGUGCUGGAGCUAGGAGCAGGUCCUGGCCUAGUGUCUAUUGUAACCACACUCCUAGGUGCCUGGGUCACAGCUACAGACCUACCAGAGAUCAUAGGUAACCUGAGAGCCAACCUGCUCCGUAACACAAGAGGGCGUUGUAGGAACACUCCCCAAGCUGCAGCUCUGUCCUGGGGUCCUGACGUGGAACGCAUCUACCCUAGAUCUGUCUAUCGCUAUGACUACGUGCUGGCGGCUGAUGUGGUGUAUCACCAUGACUACCUGGAAGAGCUGCUGUUCACCAUGAGAUACUUCUGCCGUCCAGGAACCACUCUGAUCUGGGCCAACAAGGUCCGUUUUCCCACAGACCUGGCAUUCACUGAGGACUUCAAGAACACCUUCAACACCACCCUGCUGGCUGAGAUGGGAGAGGUUCAGAUCUUCAUGGCCACAUGCAGAGAGACAGAGGAUCACCUUCAACACCACCCUGCUGGCUGAGAUGGGAGAGGUUUAUGCCCAUGUGUAAAUGUGUAAAAGGUAGGGAUUAGGGAAGACAGAGGAAUAGUUAACAUCCUGCAGACUGUGCCAAAUGUAACCAAGACUUCCUGUCCCUUCUUCCUCUGGGAAAUGCUUGAAGACAGAAGGCGGCCAUCUUGGCUAAUGAUAAUGGACGUUGAUGGACUACUGAUGUUGUCAGUUGUUGAUGUUUGAUGUUCUACUUAAUACUUACCUGCUAUAUGUAGUACUUUAUUGUUUACAUAGUUGUUAUAUGUAGUUUGUAUUGAUAAUAUUAUUGAUGUAUGUACUUUGUUGUCUUGUUCCAUUCUGUAUUCAAAUAUAAUUUGUUAUGGAUAUAUAAAGUUUCUAGUA